UGUUGGCGUUACAUGGUGGUAGAACAACCAAGGCAGGAGUUAGCUCACAAUAAUGAGUCACUAGAUAGCUACCAAGUAAUGCAUUUGCCUGAUAAUAUACAUAACAUAUUUGAUUAACACGGCAAAUAUUUACUUUAAUUGAAAUAUAAUGUGACGAUGUAUAAUUUGCUGUUAUUAGUUCGUGAGCGCGUAAUGUCUUCUUAGCCUAGCUUAGCUUAGCCUGUUAGCUAAGUUGCAUCGCUCAACACAGUUUCAACAGAGAUGUGUCUCAACAAGGGAAGAACCCGUACCCGUAACGUUGACAUCUAGCAGCCAGUGUGACUGCGUUGCUAAACUGUCGUUUAUAUGCCACUGUGGUAAACUGCCGUUGGUUGAAUAGGUUGUCUCAGAAGCGUUCACAACAUGUUGAACGUCCCGACCCAGUCGUUCCCUGCGCCGCGCUCCCAGCAGCGGGUCGCUCCGUCCGGCCAGUCCCGUAGGAACAAGGUGGACUUGAAGCCGGGCCACAGUCUGAUGGACUGGAUUCGGUUUUCCAAGAGUGGAAAAGAUCUGACGGGGCUCAGAGGGCACCUGAUCGAAGUUACCCAAGAAGAGAUGCAGAACCACAACACAAGAGAGGACUGCUGGACCUGCAUACGAGGUAUGGUUUACAAUGUGAGCCCCUACAUGGACUACCACCCUGGUGGGGAGGAGGAGCUAAUGAAGGCAGCUGGGAUAGAUGGCACUGACCUGUUUGACCAGGUCCAUCGCUGGGUGAACUAUGAGUCCAUGUUGAAAGAGUGCCUGGUGGGCAGGAUGGCCACUACAGUCAUUAAAGCUAGCAUCCCUUCUUCACCACAGACCAGCCUCGCCCCCCCGAUGUCAAUGGCUGCUCCCACAGAGAAAGACUCCCGGCCGCGGUACGACUGGUUCCAAACUGAUGCGACUGUUCAUCUGGUCGUUUAUGCUAAAAGAAAGAUCCCCAGCUCCGGCUGUACCAUUGUUGACCUGGAGGCGGGUGUUCUACGCCUGGAAGUGCUGCUGGGGAAGAUGUCCUACAUGAUACAUUUACCUUUAUUUCAUGAUGUCUGUCCCUAUCCAGACACGGAGGUAGUGAGGCCAUACACUGCAGUAGAUCAGAACCUGGCAGCUGCCUCCCAGGAAUCCGACCUCUACCUCAUGAUCAAGGUCUACCCCGACGGAGUGUUCACCCCUCAUCUCAACAGCCUGCACGUCGGUGACUGUGUAUCAGUUAGUGGUCCAGAGGGUACCUUCAGUCUCCGCCCCCUUCGUGAUGUCACAUACCUAUACCUGUUAGCAGCAGGCACAGGGUUCACGCCCAUGGCUCGCCUCAUCCAGCUGGCUCUACAGGAUGGUGACACCAUCAGGAAAACCAAGCUGCUCUUCCUAAACCGACGAGAGGAGGACAUUCUGUGGCGCUGUGAGCUGGAUGAACUGGCUGCUAGUCAUGAGAGGUUUCAGGUGGAGUACGUGCUCUCCGAUCCCUGUGAAAGCUGGACCGGCAGGAAGGGAAGACUGGACGAGUCCAUGCUCCAGGAUGUCCUCAACAGGCCUGAUGGGUCCAAAUGCUAUGUGUGUGUGUGCGGCCCCAAUGCCUUUACAGAGCUAAGCAUAGGGUUGCUGAAGCAGCAGGGCUUCAGUAAGGAGGAGCUCCACGCCUUCCAGGGCUGACCGCGCUCUGCCUCCACACAGCUCCACCCUGCAAAGACUUGAGUGCCUGAGAGAGAGAGAGGGUUUAACUUCUGAACUUGUUUGUGAGAAAUGGAUGGAACAUUGUAUUUCUAUGCACCAAGGCUCUGAUGGGAUGCACAGUGCAGAUUCUUAUGAUUGUGACCAGUGUCUGAAAUAAAGUUCAUAAAAAAAACUUUGUAAAGGUUUGUAAAGCAUACUGAGAUGCAAAGAAAUGAAUGAAUCUCAUUCAUGUCUUUGCGUCUCAGUAUGCUUUACUGUGGUGUAUAUGCAAUAUACAAAUAGAAUUAACAUGAGCUUUGAAAUGCAUAGGAGAGGAUCAUCUGAAGAUAUUUAUAGAUUCUAUUGUUACAUGGAUGCAGAGUCAGGAGAGUUCUUACCUCUGAAGUGAAAUAAAAUGCAUUAUGGAAACAUUUUUAAAGGGAUGGUCCAUUCAUUGAGGCUGGGACAAUUUUCAUUAUUACUACAGAGUCGUGACUCCUCCAGGUUUAAUUCUGACCAUCAAGUUGCCUAUAAGUCGAUUUUUUGACCUUUUAAAAGAUAAAUGACACAGGCUAAAACCUGCUUCUGCCUUAUAAACAUUGAACCUUGUGGAAACAUAAAGCAAACACUGUGAUGCAACACAGUGUUGUCUUAGCAAGUGUUAUGUCACUUAAGUGUGUGAUCAUUAUUGCUGACAAGCACCAUACCUUCUGGCCUGUUUCACAAAAGCCCAUAAAGAGAACAGAGAUCCUGACAUGGUCCUCUCACAUCUCCUCCUGGUGAAGAAAGCUCAUAAACAGCUGUAUUUCUUAAAGAAACAGGAAGAGGCCAAAUUCCUGUGUCAAGUUCCAUCCUUCUGUCAAAUGACUGAGCUGCUGCAUCACACCUGCCUGAAUGUGUCUGGAUAAUUAGACUGUGCCAUUCUACCACAGCCAGAGGUGCGUUCUCAGGCACCACACAUUUUAAGAAGAGCUCCGAUGAACUGGCCAUCGUUGAGUCAGUAAUCCUGCAGUUUGGAGAUGGAGGCGGUGUCUGUUGGUCAGAGGAGCGCUCAUUAUUUGCUUUAAACUAAGUUCUGGCUUAAUCACACGAUUUUCUCAAUCUGAUUAAUAUGCAUACAUGUAAACAUAGUGUAUAGCUGGAAAUAUAUACUGUAUAUAUAUUUAUUUUUUCUCCAUAAUUUCACCUGAAACUUGUAUGUUCAUUUUGCACUGAAGUUAUUUAUUAAAACUACUCUUUAUACAAAAAUAGGCUUUACAAUUUGGUUGUUUCAUAUAGAAUAUGUAUUUACUGAAUUACCAGAAAACGUGUAAAAAUAUGCAAUAUCAUAUAUUGGGAUAAAAGAUGUUGUGCCAUUAUAGUCCAAUAUGUGAAACAUGCAGAUAAAGAAUCUUGCAUGUCUGUGAGUUGAGUUUAAUCAAUACACACUUGACACUUUUUGUUUAUCAGCCUUAUGAGCGCCGGCUGAUCAUCUCAAAAAUGUCAUUAAUCGGCCUGAUCGAAUGGUCUAUCACUAUUGUUGAAGCACAGCAAAUAAAGGACAGUAGAUGGAUGUGACAGUGAAGUUUGUGAGUUUAGAUGUUAUUGGAGAGGUAUUCAACCUAAGUUCAACACCUGGAUUUAUUAUGCCCACUGUGAUAAUUAUUAUUUUGCUCGAUCGAAGAAAAAAAAACUUGUUUAGGGUUUUUAGUCUUAACAAGUUAUUUAUUUCACGAUGACUUUUAUAUGAAACACUAGCUUAUGGAAGAAAGUAGUGUGUAGA